AGGUUGACUCUUUUCCGGCUAGAGGACUCUUUGGUGGAAAGGAUAACAUCUCCCGAGGAUCCUGCUUUGUGAUGAGUCUGGCAUUGGUAGCACAUGAGAUCUGCCUGUGAAGUCAGUUGGACAGCUUUGCAACUGUGGAAGUGAGGAAGAAGGGAACAUCACAUCAUAUCAGGGCAGGUGUCUCUCCAGUGGUAGCCUUGGAUUGGCGGAAGAUUGCUUUCAACGGGUCUGCCUUUGGAAAUCAUCAUCUUCCCCCUAACCCGAGUGUCUUUACUCUGUCCCUGUUAUUGAUAGAGGCUGUAUGUCAAAAAAGGGAAUUUUGUAACUACUGAACUGACAGUUGUCUUUGACUCUGCUAAGUUCCUCUCUGACCAAGUUAAAAAGGAUAAAGAUAGUAGCCUGGACCAAGCAGAGAACUUAAGGUAAAAACUGGACAGGUGUCUAUAGCUGUGCUUCAAUCAUGACUGGCUCAAAGAAUAAGGCUAGAGCGCAGGCUAAAUUAGAAAAAAAAGCAAGUGCACAAGCCAAAGCUAUAGCAGAGAGGGAGGCUAGUAAUGCAGGCAGAGCUUCAGGCAAAAACCGGGACAAAGGAAAAGCUAAGGGAGGAGCCAAAGCAGAUGCAGUGGCGGAGAUGAAGGCUGGGUCUAAGAGCAAGACUGAGAUGAGAGAAGGGGCUAAGGGCCUAGGAAAAGGCUGGUCCGAUUUCAGCCAUAAGGCUGAGAACAAGGCUGCUAGAUCUACACGGAAAGAGAAGGCUAGUAGUGAUAACUGGUUCUGGGCUGGGGAAGAUUCUGGUCUCAGUUCCUUGUUCUGGAAGGGAGAAGAGCUUAGUAAUAAUUCGGUUGCUAAGUGUGAAAAUAAAACUAAUACUGUUCCUCAGGGCCGUCCAGAUGAGUCAGAGCCUGCACCUAGGACCAGCCACAAGUCUAAGUCAGGGCCAGAGGAGGAGGAGGAGGAGAAUGUUAUUGGGAGCUGGUUUUGGGAAGGAGAUGACACUGGUUUUGAUCCUGAUCCUAAACCUGUGUUCAGAAUAGUUAAACCUCAACCAGUGGAUGAAAUUAAUGAAAAGAAUAGGCCGAAGGACUGGUCUGAGGUUACCAUUUGGCCUAAAGCUCCUGCUGUAAUUCCGGCAGUGUUAGGUUUUAGAUCUAAGGACUCUUCUGAGGCAAGGCCCUCAUCAUAUAUUGUUCUGGCCUCAAAUGAAGAAGAAACUUCAACAACAGCCUGCACUAAGAAUACUCGAUCAAGUCUACAGCCUAUACCUGAAUAUCCAUUUGGUUCUGAUCCUUGCAUCCAGACCUUAGAUGAAAUUAGACAGCAAAUCAAGAUCAGAGAAACUAAUGGCAUCAAGCCCUUUGCUUGCGCUUGCAAAAUGGAGUGCUAUUUAGAUUCUCCAGAAUUUGAAAAGCUUGUUAACAUACUCAAGUCAACUACUGAUCCCCUCAUUCAUAAAAUAGCACAGAUAGCAAUGGGCAUACAUAAAGUUCAUCCAUUUGCCCGGGAAUUCAUUAAUGAAGUGGGUGUGGUGACACUUAUUGAAAGCUUGCUCAGUUUUUCUUCCCCUGACAGUAGAAAAAACACUGUUAUUACUCUGAAUUCUUCUGGGAAUGAAAGACAACACAAAGUCGAAUAUCAUGUUAAGCAUAUGUGUAAAGAAACUAUGUCUUUCCCCUUGAACUCACCCGGUCAGCAGUCUGGAUUAAAGAUAAUAGGGCAGCUGACUACCGAAUCUGUCCAUCACUACAUUGUCGUGAGUUACUUUUCAGAGCUUUUCCAUUUGCUGUCCCAGGGAAAUCGUAAGACUAGAAAUCUUGUUUUGAAAGUAUUCUUGAAUAUGUCUGAAAAUCCAAAGGCAGCCAGAGAUAUGAUCAAUAUGAAGGCAUUAGCAGCAUUAAAACUCAUCUUUAACCAAAAAGAGGCGAAAGCAAAUCUUGUUAGUGCUGUGGCCAUCUUUAUUAACAUAAAGGAGCAUAUUAGAAAGGGCUCAAUUGUAGUAGUCGAUCACAUGAGUUACAAUACUCUUACUGCCAUAUUCCGUGAAGUUAAAUGCAUUAUUGAAAGAAUGUAAAAUGACCCAGAAACCAAAGAGAACACUGAACAGUGUCCAAAUUCUUAUUGGCUAAACAUUCCCAAAGAGUUUUGCAAACUAUUUUGGUGAUAAUUGCUUACACAUUUUGUCUUAACAUCUUUUUUCAAAUUAUUACCUGCGGCAGGUUCUAGCCGAAAUCUAAAACAUUUUUGGCGUAUCAAAUGAAUGUUAAAUAGUAAGAUAAGCAGGUUUGUUGAUUUCUAUCUUACCUAGAUUAGCAAAUUUUUAACAUUUUACUUAAGGCAAUUGUGAUCCAGCUGUCAGAAGUACAGUGUCUUGAUGAUUGAUGUCUGCUUAGAUCUAUUUGUGGCUCCAGAUAGCAGAAAAGAAACUACUGGUCUUGUAAUCUAGUUAUAGAAAUAAGGCGUCUGAAAAUAAAGAUACUUGAUGGUA